AUGUCUGCGUGGGAGACUGAUGGUAUGGCUGCUGCCUUGCCCGAUGAAACCGAGACACCUGAUACUACCGUCGCUGUAGAGCGCAAGAAUCCUCAAGAAGCCGGUUGGGUUGCCGCCAAGAAGUACGAUUAUGAUACCUACAACAAGUCCACCAAGGAACUCGCAGACGCUCGUGAAGCUGCCCUUCUAACUGAUGCUGACGGUGAGGCUGAGGCUGAGCCAGCUACCGAUGCCGUCGAUGCCGAUGCCGAUGCCGAUCCCGAAACACUUGCCGUUGGUGGUCUUCGUGAUGGAGAGUGGGCCUCAAGUGGCGCUGUCUAUGAGUGGAAUGAAGAGUAUGGUGAUGUUGGUCCCAGAUUCCCCGCUCUUGAGGAUCAAUUGUUCGGCAAGAAGAACAACCAUGUUCGUCAAGGUCUCAACUUCGAGAACAUUACCACCCUCACCGUAACCCAAGAGGGAACCAUCAAGAUUGACCCUAUCCGCAAGUUCGAGGACGCAGGUUUGCACCCUGUCAUGCUUGAGAACGUACAGCUCGCCGGCUAUCAUGUUCCUACCCCCAUUCAACAAUACUGCCUCCCUGCUGUAAAGAAGGGUCACGAUGUAGUUGCUUGCGCCCAAACCGGUUCUGGCAAGACUGCUGCUUUCUUGAUCCCAAUCUUGUCAAAGUUGAUGGGCAAGGCUAAGAAGCUUGCCGCACCUCGACCAAAUCCCGCCACAUAUGUGCCAACCCGAGACAACUAUGUUAGGGCUGAGCCAUUGGUCGUUAUUGUCUGCCCCAGUCGUGAGUUGGCAACUCAGAUCUUUGAUGAGGCUCGUCGCUUCUGCUACCGUACCAUGCUUCGGCCUUGCGUCGUUUAUGGUGGUGGCCCUCUGGCAGAGCAACUUGGUCAACUUGCCAAGGGCUGCGAUCUGCUUAUCGGUACUCCUGGUCGCCUUUGCGAUAUGAUCCGCCGUCCUCAUGCUCUGACACUUAAGCGUCUCAAGUAUAUGGUCAUUGACGAAGCAGAUGAGAUGUUAGACUCCAGUUGGGAGGAAGAGUUGAAGCAAAUCAUGAACGGCGGUGAUCAAGAAGAGGGUAACAUCAAUUAUAUGAUGUUUUCUGCAACCUUCCCAAAGAUGGCUCGUGACAUUGCCAAGGAUCAUCUGGCCCACGAUCAUGUUCGCAUUCGUGUUGGUCGUGCUGGUAGUUCUCACUCCAACAUCAAGCAGGACAUCAUCUACGUCGAGGCUGCUAGCAAGCGUCAAGCUUUGUAUGACUUGCUUCUCUCCACGCCACCUGCGCGAACUAUCAUCUUCGUCAACACCAAGCGUGCUGCCGAUGAAAUUGAUGAUUACCUAUUUAACAAUGAUCUUCCAUGCACAUCUAUUCACAGCGAUCGUACUCAACGCGAGCGUGAAGAUUCUAUCCGUGCUUUCCGCAAUGGUAAGAUGCCUAUCUUGAUUGCUACUGGUGUCUCUGCCCGUGGUCUUGACGUUCACAAUGUCAUGCAUGUCAUCAAUUUUGAUCUGCCAUCCCAAACUCAUGGUGGCAUUGAAGAGUACACUCAUCGAAUCGGUCGUACCGGUCGUAUUGGUAACAUGGGUCUUGCAAGCUCAUUUUACAAUGAUCGCAAUGACGAUAUUGCCGAAGCUUUGGUCAAGACCUUGUUGGAGACCCGUCAACCCGUUCCCGAUUUCCUUGAGGCACAUCUUCCUGAGGGCUUUACUAUGGAUGGCCAAACCGGUGAUCUCGCUACUCUUAAGUUUGAAGCUGAUUCAGACGAUGAAGAGGAAGGUGGUGAGAAUGUUGAUGAUGAUGCUGGGGGUGAUGCAUGGGGUGCCGCUGAAACCACUGAAGCUGCUCCAGCUGCUAGUGGUUGGGGAACCGAUGGUGCUACUGGUGGUGGCGACAGUGGAUGGGUAAUCUGCUUUUUAUUUGCCAACCAUUUGGGAACAUAUAUGGGCGGGGACGGCCUUGCUUUGCACGAGGACUCUCUGCCUGUUAUGUUAAAUUUGUAUGCCUAUACUUGGGCUGGAGUUGCCUUGGGGGCGGGAAUGGCCUUGCAUUGGAACAAGGAUUUCCUGCCUGGUAUGGAUGCAUCAUAA